AAAAAGAAAAAAAAGGAAAUCGAGAAGAAAAUAUUCACCAGGAAGAAGAAGCAGAAGCACAACAGAUUCUUUCUUAAAUUAAUUAUUUGCUUCUCUCGAGAAAAAAUGGAAGAAAAGAAUGCGCAGAACGACGCCGUAGCUUUAUCAGAGCCGCCGAAUGAUCGGCCGUUUCGUGUUUACGCCGACGGAAUCUACGAUCUCUUCCACUUCGGCCACGCCCGUUCGCUUGAGCAAGCCAAGAAAUCGUUUCCUAAUACGUACUUGUUGGUUGGAUGCUGCAAUGAUGAGAUAACCCAUAAAUUCAAGGGUAAAACUGUUAUGACCGAUGAGGAACGUUACGAGUCUCUUCGUCAUUGCAAAUGGGUGGAUGAAGUGAUCCCUGAUGCUCCCUGGGUGCUCUCGAAAGAAUUCAUUGACAAACAUAAGAUUGACUAUGUGGCCCACGACUCACUUCCUUAUGCUGAUGCAAGUGGGGCUGGAAACGAUGUCUAUGAAUAUGUCAAGUCUAUUGGAAAAUUCAAAGAAACAAAAAGAACUGAAGGGAUCUCAACAUCAGAUAUUAUAAUGAGGAUUGUCAAAGAUUAUAAUGAGUAUGUAAUGCGUAAUUUGGCUCGUGGAUACUCUAGAAAGGAAAUGGGUGUUAGCUAUGUGAAGGAAAAGCGGCUGAGAGCACACAUGGGACUUAAGAAGUUGCAGGAGAAAGUGAAAAAGCAGCAAGAGAAAGUAGGGGAAACGAUACAAACAGUAGCUACAACAGCUCGUGUGCAUCGAAAUGAGUGGGUGGAGAAUGCUGAUCGACUUGUUGCUGGAUUUCUCGAGAUGUUUGAAGAACGUUGCCAUAAAGUGGGAACAGCCAUCAGAGAUCGAAUUCAGGAGCAACUGAAGAGACAACAAUUACUCGGUUUAACUUAUGAUGAGGACGAUGAUGACGAAUAUUACUACGAGGAUGGCACCGAUGAAGAUGAUGACGAUGAAGAAUACAUUGAUGUAGACAAGUGAUAAAGGUUUUUUCUCGUUAUCUGAUAUAUUGUUUCGAGUGCGUGUUCAUGUGAAAGUAAGCAUAAUAGUGAUUUGGGUUUGUGUGCUAUAGGAGACACCUGAACAUGAACUUGCAGGAUAAUGUAUAUUGAUUUGUCAAUCAAAUUGUGGGAGGAUUUUAGUAUUA